GUGGAGAGGAGAGUGAGAGCACAGCGGCAGAGGGUACACACCGGUGGCAAAGGGGAGGGGGAGAAGAAGGAACAUCGUACGUGUUCCGAGGUGCAUGCACGCACUCGUGUGUUGGCGGCCACACACGUGUGGCGCACAGAGAGAGACACACACGCGGCAGAAGAGAGGACGAGAAGAAGAGACGAAGGAGAGAGAGGUGACUCUCCUCGGGGCCUUUAGUUGCCGACUGUCCGCUACUACGCGCGGUGUUACGCCAUCCUCAUCGUUGUCCUUCUCUGUCUAUCCUCGCUGCCUCCUCCUGUCGUCCUUUUUCCUUCUCUCUCCGCGUGUCUCUCUCACCUGUUGCGGCGUGUUUCUUUUAAUCCGUGAUUUUCGCCGCCCCGCGCCCAACCAAGAAAUCUCGUCGAUCAUUUCGCUACUCUCCGAUGUUCUUUUCAUCGGCAGGAUAUCGGGGGUUGACUUUCUCUCGAACACCAGGUCGCCUCGAACGAGCUACACCCGGUGAGUGAUACGGGAGACGGUGGAUCGAGAAGAAGAAUCUUCUUCUUGUACGGAGGACUGAAUCCGUGAGAAGGGUGAUAAAGUGAUGGAAUAUUUAUAUCGUGAGACUGUAUCGGGAAGAUAGGUGCUUGAGUAAGAGACUAAUUGAAAGGAACGAUGUAGAUUAACGUAGAGGGAUCGGAAGGUCGUGGUGUAUUGACAACAGUAACGACAGAAGUUCGAAUCGUUGCUCGAAAGCGUCGGUGUUACUUAGCGUAUUGUAAUCAAUCGAAUUCCAGGAAUUUGUCUACUCGCUAGCUCAUAUAACUCGUGACACGGUGACCGACAAUAUUAUGAGCACAUUAACGAAGGUAAUGAACAAAAGUGUGGAUACUUGGAAUUACGAAUAGGCAGUUAGUUACGAAGGUGGUGCUCGAUCGAGGAGGAUCGCCUGUGCGUAAAAGGCAAAAACACCGUCAUGACACUCGACCUGCUUGCGUUUAGUCAUUUAUCGAUUCAGGAAAUCACGAAUUAAAAUAAUUUAGAUCGAAGAAUUCCGCGAAUUCGUGCGUCUGCGCGCGUACAUUUUUACAUAACCACGAUCACCGACAUAAAAUUACUUAAAUGGUGUUUGGGAGAACAAGAGACAUAAACGAGUUUGAUGAAACGAGUGAAGUGGAGUGAUAGAAGUGACGUGUGCCUGGUCGAGCGCGUCUCUCGUCGCCACGAUUGAACGACCGUCGACUAACAGAUCCACGCUGCCGUCUGCACAAGAGGACGAGGUGGGAGGCAGUACGGUGGUAGCCGAGGGUGUAGUAGGCGGCAUAAAGGGCCCAGGCGGCGGGUGCCGCGCAUCCUCGAUGACGAUGGCCGAGAGCGCCGUGGAGGACGCUGCAGCCGCGCCCCCGGGUCCGGCCAAGCCGCCACCGCCCUCCUGUACCAACAAUAACACCCUAGCGGCGACUGCGAACCGGAACCAUCGGAACCUCCGCAGAAGGAAACGUCUCGACCAGGUCUUGGACAUUCUGCAACACCGGAGUUCGCCGUCGGAGGGUGAAGUAUUGAAGUUCGAGGGAAGCGUACCAGCGUCCGAAGAGGAAGAGGACGUGUUCGGUUCGCCCAGGUCGUCCUCGAGAUCAGCCACGGAUCCACCGUCCGGUAUCAGUUUGCUACCCCUGAGGCUGAAGAGCGAGGAGCCCGUGACGUCUACCGAGGAGGAGUCGAACGCGAACGAGACCAACACCACCGACCAACAACAGCAGAAUCAUCAUCCUCAUCAUCCGCACUAUCACUCGCAUCACCAUCGUCACCGGCACAGGCAUCAUCAUAGAAACAGCAACGCCAAUCACCUGUACGAUCAGCUUCACCCGCCUCAUCAGAGAUCCUCGGUGCCGAAAUAUGCGGGGUGCACCUGCGUUCAGUGUUCCCAAUCGACAACCCCUCCGAUGGUGCUACCUUCGCCGACAUCCCCGUUGACUCCUCUCACACCGCUCACUCCGUUAACUCCGCUCACUCUGCCGCCGUUGACGCCGGGAUCCCUAUCGUCGUACAGUUUCGAGCACUACAUGCACACCAAGUACCUGCCGGAUAUCUUCAGAGGACGCAGUCACUCGGACUCGGACCUGGUGCCAGGAUGGGACCAGAAGCCGCCGCUCUCGACCUCGUCUGUCUUCUUCAACCAUCCGUUGAGGAGCGGUUUCUUGGAGAGCGACACGACCAGUCCUCAAGAGUCGCCGUUGGAUCUCUCGAUGAAGAGUCUAAUGGCGUCGGCCGCGGCGGCAGUUUCCGGUAGACCGCCGGCUCUCCAGUUACUCCCACCGGGGAUCGUGUCGAGGGGCUCGGUGAGCGUUCCAGUAGUAAAAGGCGACGUGGCGUCGCCGACGACGAAGGAGAGCGUCGCCGUGAGGUACAACCUCGAGGUAUCUCCCGUGGUAGAGGAGAUGCCGCCCGGGGCGGACGUGGCGUACGUUUGCCCGGUCUGCGGGCAAAUGUUCAGCUUGCACGAUCGUCUCGCCAAGCACAUGGCCUCGAGGCAUCGCAGACAGGGUCCUCAGGACGCGUCCGCGAAGGCGUACCUCUGCGACGUAUGCAAGAGGAGUUUCGCCAGGUCGGACAUGCUCACCAGACACAUGAGACUGCACACGGGCGUCAAACCGUACACGUGCAAGGUUUGCGGCCAGGUAUUCAGCAGGUCGGAUCACCUGAGUACCCAUCAGAGGACGCACACAGGCGAGAAACCGUACAAGUGUCCGCAGUGCGCGUACGCUGCCUGUCGCAGAGACAUGAUCACCAGGCACUUGAGGACCCACGCCAGAUUUCCCGACGUUCAGACGCCUAAGAGCGAACCUGGCCUUCUUGCCGGCGAGGAUAGCCCCACGUUUGCGCAGGAGCUGACCUCCCCUUCGGCAACGAUCAAGGCCGAAUGACGACGGCCAGGUGGAUGACCGCCGUGUUUCUCGCCCGUGAUUCCAAACGGAUUUCGAGAAGGUGAGCGACCAGCUUCGACGAACGGCUUCAGCGCCGAAGUUGCAAGGUCUCGACAGAGACGAUGACAAGACACGAGGAUCGCAGAGGACAACGACGGAAGGCAAGAUCGAUUCGUCUGGGUGGAAUUGACCCAACGAUCGACGAGAUCCUACGAUUCGAUUAGAAUUAAGGAAAUUUUUCGUUGUCGAGGGAUUUUGCUAUUUUCCUAAUAUUUCGCAUAAAAUUGUCGUUAUCGUAUAACGAAAUACAUAGCGUUAUCGAUCUUGAAAUUUUACGCGUCUUUUAACAGUAUUAUAUGGUAUUCGUCUUCCCCGUUGUUUCUCCUAGAAACUCGUGCGACGUUCAUCUUCCGGAGUCCUUUGUUGUUCAUCGAAGUCUUGGCUUGUUCGGAGAUCAUUUCGAAAAUGACUGUCGUCUCGCGUGAAAUAUUCGUUUUGUAUCUGGAAAUUUAACAGACUGUCAAAUGAUUCUUCUAUUCGCGUAAAGUAGAUCGAUUCUUUUCGACAUUGCAAACUUUUUAUUUAUUUCCCAUUUUCUGUUGAUCCGCGAGAGUAUCCAUUCAUCGUCGGAAUUUCUCCGAACAACCGAUCACUGUUAAACGAUGGUUAGUCUCUCUCAGUCGAUAUUCUUGCGCACGAAACGGAAACGAUUUGAAAGCAUUCCCGCGGGAAUUGCGUAUUUGCUUACGCAUAUCCGCGCUCCGAAGGUUCGAAAUUCGAAACAUGACACGCGAAAGCUUCGGUAUGUUCAAGAUACUCGCGAUCUUCUUCCGAUGUCAAUCUUCCAUCGAAGCGUUUCGUUGUUUCGCGAGAUACUCGCUCGUCGACCUCGUCUCGCGAGGAAGGAGACGAAAAGAGGAGAAACUUGUGCCAAAUUUUCACCGUCGACCCGUUGUUAAGCCUCGUUCACAUGGUUACAUAUCGGUCGAGUUGAGUACGUUGAAGAAAAGAUCGUUGGUGACGUUCGGCAUUUUGAUAGCAAAGAAACACACUUGUCUCUUUCUGAAUCCGGUACCAUAAUCAUUUCAUUCAGUUUCCCUUUUGAACUGUAAAUUAAUUAUUUAAACUCUCGAUUAUUUUAAACUAUUUUUUCAUAAAAUGGUUUUAAAAUAAAACUAAGCGGCUUAUAACGAUUUUUUCAGAAGUACGACAGACAUGAAAAUAGAUUCGACGUUUCAAGGAAAGCUGGUGAAAGUAAUAUUUAUUCGUCAACAACGAUCUUUCCAAAACUCAAACGUUGUUACUCAAAAACGAAAUCCUCAAUCGAGACUAUCGUUUGGUUGUUGAGAAAAGAACACUGUUAGCUAUUAUAACGACUAUUAAAACAGGAAAGAGAGAAAGAGAGAGAGAGAGUGUGUGUGUGUGUGUGUACGCGCAUGCAUGUUGCUUUAUUGGGUGUUGUGAACUUCCUGUCAACAGCGUCGUGUUAUAUAUUUAUCGAAAAUUCGUUUGUUACUCGCGAAAACAGCGUGAAAAGGGAAGGCAGUCGAGCGCUUUUGGAGGCUGUCUUUCGAGAAGAUUUCAGAAGAGAGAAAGGACGCAGAUGGAUCCGCGAGAUGCGACGUUUUUCCUUCAUGUACGAAGGAAAAUGAAAGAAACGAAAUAAAAACUAAGAGAAAGAGAACGAACGUAACCGUACCUGCAGAAAGAAAGAAACUUAAAGCAUAAUAAAAGCGUUUAGAUGUAACGUUAAUUAGUGGGUAACGUUAAUAUUAUUAUUGCGUUUUAUUAUUAUUAUUAUUAUUAAUAUGGAUAUUAUUAUUAUUAUUUUUAUUAUUAUUAUUAUUAUUAUUAUUAUUAACAUCAUAUUGUAAACUGUUCGGAGUGAGAAUGUUGCGAAAAGCGUGCGUAAGAAAGAGAGGAAGUUAUUUUUUUAUACGAAGAUACUUUGCGAAAGGGUCGCGAGAGAGGUAAAGGAAAAGGAACACCGAGCGCGGGCUACGAGUAAUCUAACGGUAAAUUCAUUUAGUAUCGAAAUUUGCAAAAAUUCAAGAUCGAACUUAAAGGGUAUAUUCUGCUGUUUAAGGGAAGAACUAGUCCCCUGUCGGAGUUCUCUUCCAAAGUGGCGCUCUCUCGCGAAGCAGGUGGACGAAACGCCUGCGACCACUUCGCGUUUCCGGUCCACGGUGACCAAUUCAUUAACUAGUGUAUUUCGUUGAAGCGCGGUCUGAAUUCGACCGUUCGGGAUUUCUCGGUGACGAUCCCUCGAAAAAAAUACUCACUGGUUCGACUGGCGGAUUGCGUUCUCGCAAAUGUGUACUCGACUAUCGAACCCUUUGUCGACAGAUGCUUUAAUUGAAAGCUUGUUACAAUGUUUGAUAAACAGAAAAAAAUUCUAUUAAAAUUGAAAAGAAAUACGCGGCAAUCGGAAAUAAUUAGAAUUAAAAUGACAAAGUGAGUAGUGAAUAAUCUUGUCGCGAAUAUCAAAUGUGAUAGAGAUGUGUCGAAAAAGCGUCGACGACACAGUGUGUCGCGUAUGACGUUUCAUCGGAGACUACACGCGGUGUCAGCUAUAUACUUCAACCUUGCUCAACCUCGACCGUUUCGUCUUUUUCCUUGCCAUAACUCGGCCGCUGUCCAGUGUGUCUCCCGUUCGUGACCACGGUAAAACGGGCAGUGACGAAUAUCGCGAGUCACGCCCUGUGUAAACACGCACGAUGCUCAUCCGUACUAACACACGCGACCACACAUGAUAUUGCAUAGAUAUAUAUAUAUACACGCUCAUAGACACAGAGACAGAAUACAAUAUUGUACAUCCAUAGACGCGUUGUUCAGGAAAUACACGGUGAAAGACGCGCGCACGCGCAGGUACGUAUAUCUGUAUUUUUGUAUACCGAUGUUUUUUCUAAUUAGUCUACCGUUUUAAGCGUUUCGAGAAGGAACGGAACGUGUAAUUAGUCGUUAAGGGGAAACUGUCGCUCUCUGCUUGCCAUUUUAACUUGCCUCUGUCGAUCGAACGAUUACUCGGAAGGCGGCUUGUCGGAGUGACAAGAGAAGGAUACACGAGGGAGAGACCUCGAGGCGGAAGGUUUCGUAUGAUGGGCCUCGACGUUUUCUUCGCAGAGAUUGUUCGUAUUUCGAAACAUUGAAAUUACGACGUUUUGUAAAUUCAGAAACUUAUAUUUUGAUAUCGUGAGAAAUUGUGCAGUUUGUUUUUGUUAUUCUUUAUUUUCUAUUUUUCUUUUUUUAAUGAUAUUUGUGUCGUUUUUUUUUUUACAUAAUUAUUUUUUUCCUUUUUCUUUUUUUUUUCGAUAUGAAAUCACAAGGAUAAAUUCGGAUGACGUAAGUUGGAACGAAAUGAUUGUCCGGUCUAUUAAAUUUUCGUUGUAUCGAAACUUCCGAUUCGAUAUCUGACCUUCGCGCGAUUCAGCCUUAAACCUGAGAGAAUCUCUCGCGCAACGAGCCCUUUUUCGCUUGAUGAGACGUAUGUAGAUUGAAACGAAACGAUAUAGAAGGGACAUAAUUGUAUAGUAAAAGAAAGACAAAAGAAUAAGAAAGAUGCGACACGCUCGUCGUGUCUGCAGGCAAUUAAGCGAUCGCCGUGCCAGACAACCUGUUCUUGUAAUUAUUAACACUCAUUUAGCCAUUCGUAUGAUUAUAAUUAUUUCUAUUAUUAUUAUUAUUAUUAUUAUUAAUAAUUAUUAUUAUAUUAUUAUUAUUAUUAUUAUUAUUAUUAAUUAUUAUUAAUUAUUAUGCCUAGUUACGUUGUUAAGUGAUUAAUCAUGUUUAAUGCUUCUAUUAUUUAUUUUGUUAUCCUAUUCGCAAAUCAAGCUUCCUAUUUUUCGUCCUAUUCUUACAUUCUUCCUAUCCUUUUUCCCUUGUUUCUCGUUUCAUCGAAAAAUCCUGUCCGAUUCUCGUUCUUUUCAGGGUGAAGAAGAGCGCUCGGUUUCAAUUACAAACAUCCGUCGCAUUUAUAAGCUCGUAUUCCAGCUUCUUCUUCGCCCUUCCGCGUCAUUUCCUCUUCUGCACAUUCUGCGCAAAAGAAGUAAAUGGCAAGGAACGACGAGAACGGUCUUUCCCGCGAUGAUUUUUACGGUUCCGUGACAUUCUGUUUACGUUUUGUAUAACGACGAACAAGAGAUUGGACAAAAGAAAAAGGAACAAAAAAAGAAUAAAAAUAAAACGCUCACAAGGGUUUCUGUAAAUUAUUGCCGACGACGAUUGUGUAUGUUAAUUUAUAAAUUAUGUUGUGUUUACGAAUCGUGCCAGAAUGGAAAAAAAAUAUAAUUUUUCAACGAACUGCCACGCGCGUUUUCAUUCACUCCAUUACGAAUCAUUCCAAUGUAUUCCCUAAUUUUUCCUUCUUUAUUUUCAUCUUUCUGUUUCUUACCUUAGGUCUUUCCAUUCGAUUCUUUUUUUUUUAUUUAUUUUCCUUUUAUUCGCGAGUUUAUUUCAUCCGAAAAUUAUCACGAAAACGGUGCCGUGCCUUCAUCGUUGUAGCGUUUCGAAGGAGAUUGGGGUGUCGCCGAGCCUCGUCCAAUCAUAGAAUACAUAUCAUCUUUUAAGGCUGAAGAUACACGGUAAAAGCGUACGUAGAAGAUGAAAUAUUUUUUCAUGGUCGGUGAAAUAAUACAGGAAAAACUUAGCAACUGUAUCUGUCUAUCACUUGCGUACGAUCAGUGUUGCGCAAAACGAAUCGACGAUUGCAUGUCUUCACGGCCUUUUUUUAAAGAAAAGGGCUCGAACGGAUUUUGCGAUGUUCCCUUUGUACCCGUUUCUACGAUCACGAGUCGAUAAUCCUUGUAUCUGUACAUCGAACAACAAACUGAAUCUGUAUGUUGCUGCACUCUUACGAUGAAAAUAUAUAUACACGUUAAUUGUUUCUA